AUUUUUGCUUCUCGGCCCGAAAAAUGUUUUUUUUAAAUAAUCAAUUUUAAAAAAUCGGAGUGAAAAAUGAAUGAAAAUACUGCUGACAGAGACGAGAGAAAUCAUUUGGUCACUAGUGUAGACCCUAUAUAAAUAUCGUAGAAAAUUAUGUAUUGUGACCACACCACAGCUGUUGAGAUAAGUGCUUUUUCAUUCAGAGAAAAGUACUUUUGAAGAUAAGAAGAAGGUGUCCGAGCAAAUUAAGCCGAUGGCGAACACUUCACUACUAUCUGCAGUAGCUAAGAGAUUGGAAGGGAAAGUAGCCCUAAUCACGGGUGGGGCCGGGCGCCUCGGAUCCGCAACCGCAAAACUCUUCCACGAGCACGGUGCUAAAAUCUUGAUAGCCGAUGUCCAAGACGAUCUCGGCCGUCGGAUCUGCAAAACCCUAUCCCCACAAACCGCAUCGUACAUCCACUGCGACAUCACAAACGAAUCCCACGUCGAAAACGCUGUCGAAGAAGCAAUCUCCAAGCACGGAAAGCUAGACAUCAUGUUCAACAAUGCGGGCGUUAUGGGGCCCACGAACACAGACAUGCUCGUAGAAACCAAAUCCGACUUCGAGCGCGUUCUUAAUGUCAACAUCACCGGAACCUUCCUAGGAACCAAGCACGCGGCCCGUGUCAUGAAGCCGGCCCACCGCGGGACCAUCAUCAACACGGCGAGUGUGAGCUCGGUUAUUGGUGGGGCAUGCACGCAUGCUUACACGAGCUCGAAGCACGCGGUUUUAGGGCUGACGAGGAACACGGCUGUCGAAUUAGGGCGUUAUGGGAUUAGGGUUAAUUGCGUCUCGCCUUACGCUUUUGCUUCGCCAAUGUCGAGGGGGGCUUUGGGCAGAGAUAAAGAUGAUCCGAUGGUUGAUAUUUACUCGAAUCUUGAUGGGUCGAAUCUGACGGCGGAGGAUGUGGCGCAGGCGGUUUUGUAUUUAGCUAGUGACGAGUCUAGGUAUGUGAGUGGGAGCAAUUUGGUUGUGGAUGGAGGUUUUAGUGUUACGAAUUCAUCUCUCUCAAUGUUUGGGUAAUAACAAUAUUUUCUUUAGGUUUCGUAGCCAUAAUUAAUUAAAUAAUUGGACUUUGUUUGACUUUUGGUAGAGUAAAUUCAAUAAAUAUCCGGGUUGACCAAAAAAUAAUACUUUUAUCUUUGUUUAUUUUGGCUUAUAUCUU